CCGGCGGGUGCAUCCCUUCCCCCCAUGUUGAUGGUGUGGAGUUGGCCCGGCCUCUGCGGUUGUAUCACUGGCAGCGACAGACGCCAGCACAUCAAGAUGGGUCACACUUUGAGCCGCAUCUCCUUCUUCAGUGGACAUGCGUCUGACGACCCCUUUCUCCUCUCCGUUCGAGCUUUCCGUCAUUUCCUUGUUGCAUUUUUCUGA